AUGACAGUGCUGGAGAUCCUGGUGCAUGUGAAGAGCACUCUCUUGCCACGCUGGCUGGAAUUAACCCUGUUUCUAUCUGUGUGGCCACAGACUGGUAUAUCCCAAUACCACAGCCCCCCUGAAGUAGUGAUACCUUUGAGAGUCACUGGCACUUAUAGAGGUAUGGAAGCUCUAGGCUGGAUCUCCUAUAGCCUGCACUUCGGGGGCCAGAGACACAUUGUCCACAUGAAGGCCAAGAAGCAUUUGGUGCCCAGAUCUCUCACUGUGUUCACUUACAAUGAUCAGGGUUCUCUUCUUGAAGAUCAGCCUUUUGUUCAAAAUGAUUGCUACUACCAUGGUUAUGUGGAAGGGGACCCUAAAUCCAUGGUUACUCUUAGUACUUGUCUAGGAGGUUUUCAAGGGAUGCUGCAGACAAAUGGAACCACCUAUGAAAUCAAGCCCAAAGUGCUCCCUGUCACAUUUGAACAUUUGGUGUAUAAGAUGGAGGACACACAGCAUGCAGCCAUAAAUUGUAGACUAACUAAGGAAGAAAUAGCAGAGCAACUGAAGUUUCAAAAGAAUGCUGAUUCCACUUUGAUGCAAAGACCUUACACAGGAUGGUGGCUUCAUCGAUGGUUCCUUGAACUAGCAAUUGUGGUAGAUCAUGGGAGAUUCGCUUUUAGGAAUAGUAAUGUAUCGAUUGUGGAGAUGGAUGUAUUAAUGGGUGUCAAUUUAGUAGAUGAUAUUUAUAACUCAAUUAAUCUUGACGUGGUUCUGAUUACAGUUGAAAUUUGGAGUUCGGGAAACCCAUAUAUAGUAACAACCACACGUCAUAUGAUGGAACAGUUUUGCAAAUGGAAGAGAUUCAGCUUCAAUAAACGCGUGGCUCAUGAUUCUGCACAUAUUAUUGUGAAACAGGAUUUUUGUGUCAAUGAUCUUACUAUGGCAUAUUUUUCAAAAGUAUGUAAUAUUAAUUUGAAUUGUGGUUUAGAGUGCAUUAUGGAUGAUGGAUUGGCUUCAUUUAGGACAUAUGUGACACAUGGGAUUGGUCAUGCAUUGGGGAUGAUGAAUGAUGAAGGUAACUAUUGUACAUGUGGGAGAAACAUAUGUGUAAUGAACAAAAAGCUACUACCCUCAGAUACAUUCAGCAACUGUAGUUAUGCACAAUUUCUAGAAACUAUUUCUAGAAAGAAUUGUUUGCACAAUCUCCAAAAUUUAAAGGAUAUCACUACAAAGAAACGCUGUGGGAAUGGUAUUAUUGAAAGUGAGGAGGAAUGUGACUGUGGUUCCUUAAAACAGUGUGCUCAAGAUACAUGUUGUUCAGAAAACUGCACUCUGGUAUCAGGGGCAGUGUGUGCUUCUGGGCUGUGUUGCCAAAACUGUCAGUUCAUGCCAUCAGGCACAGUGUGUAGGGAACAGGACAAUCCAUGUGAUCUGCCAGAGUGGUGCAAUGGUACCUCUGGGGCGUGCCCGGAAGAUGUGUAUGUGGAGGAAGGGAUUCACUGUCUGGGCAGGAAUAUUUGUUUUCAAAAGAGAUGUAAUGACCGUAAUGAGCAGUGCAGAAAACUUUUUGGUGAAGGAGCCAAGAAUGCAAAUAAGAACUGCUACCUAGCAAUGAACACCAGAGGUGAUCGUUUUGGUCAUUGUGGUAUGCAAGAUACUAAGUAUGUAAGAUGUCAUCAUAAAGAUGCUCUGUGUGGGAGAGUCCAGUGUGAGAAUGUGACAGUAGUUCCUCAUCUGCACAAUCAUUCUACUGUGCAUUCAACUCACGUUGAUGGACACAGCUGCUGGAGUACUGACUACCAUUUUGGGAUGAGUGUGCCUGAUAUCGGUGAAGUGAAGGAUGAGAAUAAAAGAUAUGAGAAAAGAAGGAGAUACAUCGCAGCAUUACCUAGGAGAAAAAAACAUAAAGUUAAGAGAUCACCAAAGAUGGAAAAGGAAAGUAUUGGAACAGAACUUAAGGAACAAAAGCAAAAUGUCGAGAUGUUACCUGAGGAAGAAGAGGAAAAAGAAAGACACUGA